CCUGGCGCGUGGUGCGGAGGCAUGGCUUCGCUGCGGUGUAGCACGGCGGUCUGCGUGAUCUGCUUGGAGAAGCCCAAGUACCGCUGCCCGGCCUGCCGCGUGCCCUACUGCUCCGUGACCUGCUUCCAGAAGCACAAAGAGCAGUGCAGCCCUGAAACUCGUCCCAUUGAGAAAAGAUCAGCAGCUCCUGUAAAAACCACAAAGCCUGAGGACAACAAAGAUGAUGACUCUCUAGCUGAUUUUCUCAAUAGUGAUGAGGAAGAAGACAGAGUUUCUUUACAGAGCUUGAAGAAUUUAGGGGAAUCUGCAACUUUAAGAAGCUUACUGACCAAUCCACACCUUAGACACCUGAUGGUCAACCUUGAUCAGCGGGACAACAAAGCAGAGGUGAUGAAAACCUAUAUGCAAGAACCUUUGUUUGUGGAGUUUGCAGACUGCUGUUUAAGCAUUGUGAAGCCGUCCCAGAAUGAGGAUUCAUAAAAUGAAGUCCUGUAUUCCUUGCCCAAGCAUAUGCCUCACUCCCAGUACUUGUUGGCUCCUCCCUGGAGCUGGGUAGGG